GUAAUGGCGGCCGGGUAGCUCCACACACAGACACCGCGUCCGCAUUCAGCCGCACUCACCGCAGCCCUCCGGGGGCCAGCAGCCUCUCUCACCGCGGCGGAGCCAGCGCCACAGACACGGAGCGGAGACCCGGGUUCUGGCGGGACGGGAAUCACUGAACGGGCCGCGGCGGAUCGGGACUUUCCUCAUACUUUACUAAAGAAAAAAAAACAUGGAUGAGCACCCCGGCGGAGGAGGAGGGGUCGGAGCGGGAGCCCCCCGACAGCCGCCGCAGCAGCAGCAGCAGCAGGGGAGCAACGGCACCGGAGGAGUCAUGGUACCGCACCAACCGGACGAGCUGCCCCGGCCCCAGCAGCAGUACACCAUCCCCGGCAUCCUGCACUACAUCCAGCACGAGUGGGCCCGGUUCGAGAUGGAGCGGGCGCACUGGGAGGUGGAGCGGGCCGAGCUCCAGGCGAGGAUAGCGUUCCUGCAGGGAGAGAGGAAAGGUCAGGAGAACCUGAAGAAUGACCUGGUUAGAAGAAUAAAAAUGUUAGAAUACGCUUUAAAACAGGAAAGAGCGAAAUAUCACAAGUUAAAAUAUGGAACAGAGUUAAAUCAGGGGGAGAUGAAGAUGCCAAGCUUUGAAUCAGACACCAAAGACUCCGAGGUCUCUGCUGUUCCUGCCAACAGUCAGCUCACCUGGAAACAAGGAAGACAACUACUCAGACAGUACCUACAGGAAGUAGGAUACACUGACACCAUCCUGGACGUCCGCACUCAGAGGGUGCGCUCUCUGCUCGGCCUGUCGGGCUCGGAGCAGAACGGCUCUGUGGAGAACAAGAACCUGCAGCACCUGAUCAACGGGACGGAGCGCCGCAAGGACAGCAAGAGGAGUCCAGGCGAUGUUCUGGAGACGUUCAACUUCCUGGAGAACGCGGAGGACAGCGACGAAGAGGAGGACGAGGAGGGAGACCUGAUGGACGACAUCAGCACCGACAAACACCACAGAGCCAAGAAACACAAGACCAAGGUGGGGAACGAGGGAUUGGCAUCAGAGGACGACGCCGACACGGAGGAGGCCCUGAAGGAGUUCGACUUCCUGGUGACGGCGGAGGACGGAGAGGGAGCGGGCGAGGCUCGGAGCUCCGGGGACGGGACAGAGUGGGCCGAGCCGCUACCGUUUCCUCCCGGUGGGGGGAAGUCCUUCCUGUUGGGGGGGUCAGACGACGUGUUGGAGAGCGUGCUGGGUCUGGGCGAUCUCGCCGACCUCACCGUCACCAACGAUGAAACCGAUUACAGCUACGACCUGCCGUCCAGUAAGGAGUCCUCGUUCAGGAAGACGUGGAACCCAAAGUACACGCUGCGGAGCCACUUCGACGGCGUCCGAGCGCUGGCCUUCCACCCCGUCGAGCCGUGUCUGGUCACCGUGUCCGAGGACCACACCCUCAAACUGUGGAACCUCACCAAGACCGUCCCCGCCAAAAAAAGUGCCUCUUUUGAUGUGGAACCCGUCUACACAUUCAGAGCCCAUGUUGUCAUGUUGUCGUUGGCGAUGACCUCUAGUGGUGAACAGUGUUUCAGUGGAGGCAUCGACUCGACCAUCCAGUGGUGGAACAUCCCCAGCUCUAAUGUGGACCCCUACGAUACCUACGAUCCCAGUGUCCUGGCCGGUUCGUGGACGGGGCAUACGGACGCCGUGUGGGGUCUGGCGUACAGCGGCAUCAAGAACCGCCUCUUGUCCUGCUCGGCCGACGGAACGGUCAAACUGUGGAACCCGACAGAGAAAAACCCCUGCAUCAGCACUUUCAACACAAAUAAGGAGCACGGUGUCCCUACGUCAGUCGACUUCAACGGCUGUGACCCCGCCCACAUGGUGGCGUCCUUUAACAGCGGAGACGUGGUGGUGUACGACCUGGAGACAUCCCAGAAUGCACUGGUGCUGAAGGGGCAAGGAGAAGGCACCCUCCCAGGGUCCAAUCAUAUAAAUAAGGUUGUCAGUCAUCCCACGUUGCCAGUCACCAUCACCGCUCAUGAAGACAGACACAUCAAAUUCUAUGAUAACAAGUCAGGUAAAGUGAUCCAUGCGAUGGUGGCUCACCUGGACGCAGUGACCAGUCUGGCUGUGGAUCCUAACGGGAUCUACCUGAUGUCAGGAAGUCACGACUGCUCCCUGCGUCUGUGGAACCUCGACAGUAAAACGUGCGUGCAGGAGAUCACCGCUCACAGGAAGAAGAGCGAGGAGGCCAUCUACGACGUGGCCUUCCACCCCUCCAAGGCCUACAUCGCCUCCGCUGGAGCCGACGCCCUCGCCAGGGUCUACGUGUAGACGAGGAGGAGGAGGAGAAGGAGGAGGUGCAGAGGACCGUGGGACGAGAGACACUGACAGACACAGAGAGAGAGAGAGAGUCUGUUGACACAUUAAACAGUAUUCAGGUCUCUGAACGCAGAAUCAAUUAAUGACUGAACACACACACUCUCACUCUCACACACACACACACACACACACACACACACUCUCACACACACACUCACACACACUCUCACACUCUCACACUCACACACUGUAAGGAGGAGGCGGAGCUGUGUGUGUGUGUGUGUGUGUGUCUCCGACUGAGACUGAGAGACGUUCAGCAGCAGAAACGUUUUAAACUGAGCAGCUCUUCUGUCCCGUGAUGUCAUCAUCCCGCGCCUGCAGAGUCUUGAACGUCGCUCUGAUGACACUACAUGACCCCCCCCGUGCUGACACUAGUCUGACCUCUGACCCUCAGACAGCAGGAGCAGAACUGAGGACGCACUUAAAGGAAAAAUCCUCUGUGACGUUUGUGUGUUGGUUCUUCUUCUCUGUCGAUGAGGUCACAUCCAGAUGUUUCCUCCAACAUCAGGUUUCGGUGUCGGAGUGCGAGAGCUUCGUUCUUUCGUUGUUUCUCUGGUGGCAGCUGCUAAAAUCACCAAAACGUUUAAAGUUACUGACGCCGAGGCUCCGAAGGUCCACAGCUGGACGCCGUCGCUCACCGUCGCAGGUUUGAGCUCUGAUCGGGAAAACCUCCUGAAACACCAACAUCGGCUACAGGCCUUUUUCACAGCGGCCAUUUUGACAUGAAGUAGUUGGGUAAACUCAGGUGUUACUAAUGAUACUAAUUAAGGUUGAGACUCACCGCUGCAGCACCCUGUGACGUCAUUAACCCUCAGUAAGACUACAAGAUUACAGAGUCACAUCUUAUGUUAGCAAAAUGCUAGCUAACUAGCGUGCUAAUCUACAUCAAUCAUUAGUUAUAUUAGCAUUUCGCUAACAUUAGUGAAGAUGUGACACGUGUGUGUGUGUGUGUGUGUGUGUGUGUGUGUGUGUGUGUGUGUGUGUGUCUCUUUAUCUUUUAACCAUCUUCUAAAUGUGGUUGUAUUUUCAUCAUAGAUUAGCUUAGCAUGUAGCAUACCUAAGUACACUGAGGUUCUGUUAUUGGAGCACAAAGCUCCACCUGUGUUUACCCUAUUUCAUGUCUGAAUGGCUGCUGUGAAAAAGGUAUCUGCUGGUUCUUUUUCCCCAAAUAUAAAAUCUUGCAGUUGUGAGCGGUUACAGCGAACAACUGUACCACAGAAGAAGAACACGAGGGGGUUUUUCCUUUAACGCUUCGACCUCCCGAGAACCAGCUGCUCACAACGAAGGAACAGAACAUUUUAAGUUUCAACUCUUCGUGGUUUCGUUUUAUUGAAGUUUUUUUUUAAUCUUAAAAACUGAAAGAAAAAAAAGUUUUCAGAUUUUGACGGUGUAAUUUUUUACGGUGUUUUUAAGGAAUAUAAAUUAAGAAAUGACGUUAAAGAAACUGAACUUUACAUUUUGUUUCUAACGACCACGUCGCGUUAAAAGGGCAGAUUUUCUGUUCCCGCCCCUCCAGCGAGCUGAUUGGACGUCGGAGGAUCAGUUAACCCCCCCCUUCCUCUGCCCCUGGAGGGCCAAUCAGAGCCCUGCGUUUGACGAGCGAAGGAGUUUACUGUAGUUCCACACGGACGCUUUCUGUUGGUGUAAAAUAAAUCUAGUUUUUAUAAUGGUUUUUAUAAACGCCACCGAGGAGGAUCCCACUUCUUCACUCCCGUCCGGCCGCGCCCUCCCGACGCUCACAGGCCCCGCCCUCCCGACGCUCACAGGCCCCGCCCUCCCGACGCUCACAGGCCCCGCCCUCCCGACGCUCACAGGCCCCGCCCUCCCGACGCUCACAGGCCCCACCCUCCCGACGCUCACAGGCCCCGCCCUUCUCCAUCGGACGGAUCUUUCACGUUAAUGUAGAAAGUAGAGGAGGGAGGAGAGAGAGAGAGAGAGAGGGAGGAAGGAGAGAGAGAGGGAGGAGCUGCUGAGAAGGAGGAGGAGCUAACGAGCUCAGUGUUGUUGUUGGCGUCUGUCCUGCUGAGGAUCGUCUGUUCUCCCCUUAAACGAUAAUUCAGUCAUUCAUCUUUUCUCUGUAGAGCUCAUUAACUGCCAGGUUUCCCUCCUCCUCUUCCUCCUCCUCUUCCUCUUCCUCCUCCUCCUCCUCCUCUUCCUCUUCCUCCACUGUGUGAGUUUUCUCUUCACCUCGAGUUCUUCGCCACAGCCUCGACACGCAGGAGUUAUCUUUAUUUAUAUCAUCAGACGGUUGUUUUUUUUUUUUUUUUUGGUUUGAGCUCCGGGAGAAACCGUCCAAUCAGAGAGUGACAGGAAGUUAAGCUGCCACCCUGAUUGGCCGAGCGGCUCUGACGCACACAGGGGGAAAGUUUUAUCUCAUCGUUUGUUUUUUCUGUUUUAAUUUAAUUCUUCUUUUUUUUUAACUGAAGGGAUUUGUAUCGCGACUCCUGAUUGAUCACAAACAAAAUCUUUAUUUUCUUUUCACCCACGCUACAACUUACUGUGUAACUAAAGACUUUAUGUUUGUGUAAUGCAUGAUUAAUACAAUAAAAGUAUUUUUUCUAGUCUUCCGAAAAAAUGGAGAAAAAAAAGAUCAGUUUGCGAGUUUUGAUGAGUUUUGUAAUUUUUUUUUUUUUUGAUUUACAAACUAUGAAACAGCAGAUUUUAAAGAUUGUACCACAUAGCAGAAUACAACUGUAUAUAAAAUGUCUAUAAUAACUAUUAAAUGGUGUACCUGUACAGAG